UGGGCAUAUUUCUUUCUGAAUGCAGGUUUAGACAAUGAAAGAACACAUCACAUAUCAGAGGCUUUUUGGAUUGAUUCUCAUGUCGAGUUUGAUCUUUCUGUCAGAUGCACUUUCACUAAAAGGAAAAAGGCUGGACUUUUACAGAGGAGCUGACACCUAUGUAAGCCUGGCUACCACCAUUCCUGAACUCAGUCGAUUCACCGUGUGCAUUGACCUGGUAUUUGUGGGUGGCAAAUCAAGUGGUUGGAUGGCCUUCUCCUAUAUUACUAAUAACACCUUCCUGGGUAGAGAAGACAUAGACCUUGGACUUGCAGGAGACCAUCAGCAGCUAAUAGUGUACAACUUGGGCAAGACCUUUUACAUCCGUUACCAAUUGACUCCAUUUCAAUGGCACACAAUAUGCUUGAUAUGGGAUGGUGUGAAGGGCAGAUUAGAGCUCUUCCUGAAUAAAAAAAGGAUACUGGUAAUGAUGGAUCAACCACAACACUUGACGCCUAAUGGGACUCUGGUUCUAGGACAUUUUCUCAAGAAAGGGGACAACCAGGUUAAAAGCAUGGUUCCUAGGUUCACCAACAGUUUGUACUACUUUCAACUUUGGGACCACAUCCUGGAAAAUGAAGAGUUUAUGAAGUGUUUGAGUGGAAACGUGGUUAGUUGGGAAGAAGAUGUUUGGCUCGUCAACAAGAUCAUUCCAACUUUUGACGUGAGACUGCGCUGCUUUGUUUAUGAAAAUAUAACAAUUCAAGAAACAAGUACAACUCUUUCACAACAAAUAGAUUUGACAACUCCAUCCCAAGUUACUGAACUAAAACCACAAAAGACUGUCUAUUUUUCCACAAUGACGUCUAAAAGCAUGCCUGUAUUUGCAACUGAUUAUACAACUAGAUCGUAUUCCAAUACAAUAUCUCCACCUCUGGAAACAAUGACUACACCAAAUUCUUUAAAGACACCCAUAGCUGAGACAGCUACAUUUGCAGCAGACAUUUUGCCUACUUCAGCAGCCAUUGCUUUGUCUACCAAGAGUACUUCCAUUGGCCCUACUACCAAUUCUGCGAAAAUAACUAAAUCCACAUCUUCAGAGAGCACAAGGACAACAAGAAUGGCUGAAUCAGUUGCUACUGAGACCUUUCAUCCAACUGUAGCUACUAAUUUCCUGUACACAUCUGAAUUUACCAAGAAUUCACCUGUAUCCAAAACUUCAGUAACUGGAUCUCAGUCGGCUGUUAUGAGGACAACAUCUUUAUUCUCAUCUUUUGAGUCCACAUCCAUGCCUACAACAUCUCGGCCCAAACACAAAUCCACAGGUAUUGGGGCAUCUACAGCUUCUGGAAGUGUACCUUGGUCCACCGUGGAACAGACCUCAGCUACAACUACUCACAUUGGGACUGCAUCAACACUGCCACCUGAGUCUGUGCUCAUCUCUACAGCCACUCCAGUGGAUUCUGUAUUUCCUGGAAAUCAGACAGCAUCUAUGUUGGCAACAACUGAUAUGGAAAUACCCUUUACAGUUUUUCCUACUGAGUCUAUUGAGAUGACACCUGCGUUAAGAACAGCUGAAAUAGAAUCGACAUCUAUAAAUUUCCGGGAUGUCUCUUCACCCAGAGUGGAAGAUACAGUAUCUACCUCCGCGCCAAAAGAGGCCUCUUCUAUGGCCCUUUCUUUCAGGACAUCGUCUCCAUUCACCGGAGCUCAGAGUGUACAGACAGUUAUUGAUGCUGAGACUACACACACAGCCGGGACUCCCGGAGUCACACUUGCACCUACGGUGGCCCAAACUAUGCUUUCCCCCACAAUCACUGGGCCAGAGUACACCCAGAAUACACCCACAGGUGGUGAGAACAUGCUUCCUUUGAUUUCCACUGAAUCAGCUUCCACAUCCAAGGCAUUUCAGUCUGGUCCCACAUCAAUAACUGAUGAAGAUGACCAUCUACCUUCUACCAAUGAGAUCACUUGGACUUCCAGGCCAGACCAGACCCUGUUGACAUCAGCAUUCCAUGGGAGUACUUCUAAUACAGAACAUGCAUCCACAAAUACUAAUACUAUCAUCCCACCAGAAACAUCCACAGAGAAUGAGGCUACCACUACCGCUGAUGCUACCACAGACAGAUACACAACAGUUCUAUCCAAUUUGACAUCUCCAAGGUUUGCUAACUUCUCCACAGUUACUGGAACCACAAGUGUAACCAAACUGCCUGAGUGUAAACUUACCACUUUACUACUAAAAACCACUCCUACGUCCACAGUAGCUGAAAAUGAAUUUCUUUCAACACCAAGGGAGACAGUUGUUCUGCCAGUAGAUAUAGUAUCUACCCUUGCUGACAUUGAACCGAAUUUUUCUACUGAGGAGAGUGCUUCUGAGAACACACAAACAGAGACAAAUGGUAUAAUUGCAUUUGGAGAGACAACAGACCCUGUACCAGAGUCUGCAACAACAGAAAGAUUCAAGACUCCUGUGACAAGGGAAGAAACAACUUCCCAUUAUCUUAAGGGAAAAUUGACUCUAGCAGCCACAACCGAGGUUUCUCCAUUUGCAACAAUGCUGGAAGCAACAGAUGAAUCUGUUUCCCCUUUUCUUGAUUUAGAAAAGCUGACUGCCCGGUUGGAUAACAAAACUGCAACUACUGAGGUGAGAGGAAGUUGGUUUUCUACAAAAUUGGUAAAAACCACACCUAAGAGUUCAUACAAUGGAACUACAGAAAUCUUUAAUUCCACCCACAUCUACACAGCAAACUGGACUUCAGAGACUCUACCCGAGGGGAAUCCAACUCCAUCUCCCACUUCUGGGAGCACACAGUCACUUCCCAAACCCCUGGAUGCUUCCACCACACUGGGGACAAGUUAUGUCACUAUCCCUAAAGACAGGACAGCUGUGUCCUUGUCUGCUGGAACCUUCCCUCCACAGCCUGCAGCUAGCCAUUCCUCAGCACCCCUUGUGCCUAGUACCCAUAUGUUCUCCCUGCCAGUUCAUGUCUCUGCUGUUGCCUCUAUGGUGGUGUCUGAGGAGACUAAGGCUAUCACGCCUGAGCCUUCUACACUGGCCAGGGCUUCCUCCACAUCUAUGCCCUCAGAUGUCUCAACUCUGUCAUCAGCUAUGGUGACCACAGCAUCAGUGCCACCAUUGGAUCAGACUGCUUCCACCACCAGCGACACCGUACCUACCCACAGAGACUCUCUUCACACGGCUUCAGAGGCCACAGUGAUCUCUGUCAGGAUGACACCCACACCAGUUCCCUCUCUGACAGAGACUCUCAUCCCCUCGCUGAGACCUCCCUCUCCUGUGGCGACUAAGGCUGAGACCACCCUUCUCUCCACCUCAGCUGAUGCAGUAACCCCUUCCAGACCAAUACUUGCCUGCUCUAAAUCUCCCCCUGACAACACUCCUGUGGUGUCCUCCACUCAUGUGACCUCAAGUCUGUCUACACCAUUAGCAACCCAACCCAUAUCUCAAGCAGAGGAGACUUCUACCCAUGCUCUGAGCUUUCCAUAUACUUUCAGUGGUAGUGGAGAUGCUGGCUUGGCUACUGGCACCACAGAAACUUCUGCUGUUGAUGAGACCGUGCCCUCACACAUCUCUGCCAACAAGCUUAUUACUUCAGGAGAUGGGUACAUCUCUCAACCUUCCACACGUCUUGUAAACACACGGGUCCCCACCCUAUUAGUGACUGACGAUUCUACCUUAUCCUCUAGCAAAGAGCAGAUGACCACCUUCCUGGGAAAGACCCCUAGAACUCCAAAGAUGACAGAAAUGCCCCCACCAAAUAAUCUUUUUAUUUCAGUCUUCCACAGUACAUCAUCCUUAGAAAUGACAGAUACAGGAUUUUCUGAGACCACAGAAGUUUCCAGUCAUCAAACACAUUCACAUUCAGAGAUUCCAUUUGUGACUCCACCUAACAGGAGUUCGGCUUCAUCUCCCACUUCUGGGAGUACACAGACUAUACCUACCUCGACCUCAAGGAACACAGUAGAUGUCCACGUUUCAGAAAUGUCUACUAGUCUUGGGAAAACAGCUCUCCCUACACAAUCUCUGACAAUCACCUCACUUUUGUCUCCUGAAAAAGAAAGCCUGAGUGUCCCCUCAGUAUAUAUCCCCAGGACUGAAGAAACGAUAGUAAGCCCCACCCCUGUGACCCACCCUUUCUCACACCGCCAGGAUACUUCAUUUGUAGAGCCCAUAACUUCCGCGACCACCAGAAUAUCAAAUUCUGUAAAUGUCAACACAACUCUUUCACACUUGCUUUUACCUAGGACGCAAGCUGAUGUGUCUUCAGUUGCCUCUCUCAUUUCUGAAAGCACACAGACCUCCCCCCAGUCCCUGUCUCUUUCCACAGCUCGGCUCUCUAGUGCCAGUUUUACAGCUAGCUCCCCUGACAGGGUUGCUACAGCCCUUUCCACUCCAAAUGUACCCACAGCACUUCGUGGGGAAACCUCUAUGGCAACGUCCAUUCCUAUCUACCAGAUGUCCCCACUGCCAGUUCGUGUCACUGCCUUCACCUCUAAAAGAGUUUCGGACACUCCCACAGCACUAACAACUAAAUCUUGUGAAACAGCACACCCGGAUUGUUGGAAAAGUUCCUCUGUAGUCACUUCUGGGCCUAUGUCUGAGAUGUCCUCAAUGUCAGUUCAUGACUCUUCUCUCUCACCUCCAGCUGUUUCUUCUGAUGCUUCCACAAUGGUUGGAUCAUUUUAUACUUUAUUGUCUGCAAUUACCCCUAGGACUUCUAGGACCACACAAACAUCAACAUUGGAUGUCACACCUGGGACAUAUGCUGGACCUACUUUAAAAACCACAGUGGUUUCCUCUGCUUUCACUUCUUCAGAAAUAACAGAGGUGUCCUCCAGGAUCACACCUACAUCCUUUUCCUCCUCAACAGAGCCAGCUUUUCCCUCUGUGAAAACCAUUCCAACCACUAUUAUGGCUGAGAUAGUGACUCCAUUCAUAGGCACCACUGCCUCCUCUCUACUCAGUUCUAAGAACACUGAAGCUAUUUCUUCCAUUCCAAAGACCACAUUUUCACCAUUUCUAUCAACAACCCAACAAUUACCCCAAGGAGAUGAGGCCACCACUCUGGGCAUAUUAUCUGGGAUUUCUAACAGCUCUCUAGCUACUGUAAACAAUGGUAAAGUGACAGCUCUUACAAAUACUUAUUCCAGGCCUGUUGACUCUGAAAGUGUGCUUUCAUCUACUCCUUCAGAAAAUCUCCAUACUUCCUUGAAUAUUCAGGUUUCUCCAUCUUUGACUAGCUUUAAGAGCACUCCUGGACCCACAAAAAGUGUAAAAGCCACCAUUUACCUUUCUUCGAAUACAGAAAAGACGACUUCUUUGUCAGAAAAUACUUCAACGGCUGAACUAACAAAAGAUGCCAUGUCUGUGAACACACCUGUUUCAUAUCCUCCAUGGAUUCCAUCCAGUACAACUCCACCCUCUUUGACGUCGCUUCUUUUUUCACCUCAUAGUCCUGAAGCCGAGUUCUCCUCUCCAAAGACUUCCCUUCCUCCUACAUCUCAAAUGGUUGAAUUUCCAGUUCUGGGAACAAGAACCUCAUCUAGUAACACCCAACUUCUGCUUACGACUUCCUGGAAUACACCUACAGCUCAGUUUUCAAUUUCCAGUGCUACUCAUGUCCCAACACCUAGCAAGAUGGAAACAGAAAGUUCUUACCCUGUUCCAGAGACUUUGUCAACUCUCACAGCCUCUCAGACUGGUCUUGUGUCUGGAGAUGUUAUGGCAAUGUCAGCAGUUUCCACAAGAGGAAUUCUUCCCACCUUGGGGUUGUCUGAGAGCCCUUCAUUGUCAAUAUCUUCAAGAUCUAUCCUUACUACUUUGGCUGACAUUAAGCACACGUUUGAGAAGAUAACCACAUCUGUAACUCCUGGGACAACGCUCCCAUCACAUCCUUCUGGUGCUCCUUCAGGAUCUAUAAUUUCAAAGGUUACUACUUCACCUAUGCUGACUUGGAUCUUAUCUAGUCUCCCUUCAGGUUCCCCUCUGGCAACUAUGUCAAAUGCUCCUCACAUGAUAACUUCCUCUACUGAAGAGGUGCCAAAAUCCACAGUUCUGACUUCUGACAUAACACCAACACACCCGUUCACUAACAUUACAAUACUACCCUUUGCUGGUUUAAGUGCCAUACCCACCAGAACUAUCCCUACACCUGUAGUGGGCAGUCUCACUACUGGCUUCCCAACUUCUUUCCCUAUGUCUAUAAAAAUCACAGAUGACAGUGCAAACAUUUCCAAGUCCCCUGAAGAAUUUUCCAGAAUCACUGUGACUGCUGACUCCAGGACCGUGUCUCAACCUCUAUUCUUUAGCAGAAUGAGUAAAUCACCUCCUACAAUUGACUACACCCUAUCUGUUGGUUCCAUGCUUCUCCCUAGCUCUACAGCAACAUCUGCAUGGAGCAGAAUCCCAGCUGCAUCAGCAUCCCCUACUUUAGUUCUUCCUAAGCCCACACAGGACUCCCUUCUAAACACAGCCGCCAUGACAUCCACUGCUACUGGAGCCUCAUUUCCACUUAUACCCACUGGAGUAACACAUCCUUCUACAGCAACUGUGUCUUCACUACCCUUUUCCUCUUUUGAGACAACCUGGCUGGACUCCACACCUUCCUUUUUGUCUACAGAAACUUUGACUUCACCUAUUGCCGCUAUGGCCAAAGUUUCCUUCUACAAUACUGAAAUGAGCUUGUCUGUCUUUGAUGAAAAGCCAAGGAUCCUUAUCACUGAUGUUGUAAAGGAAUUUGCAGAAAAUUGGUUGAAUUCUAUAUUUCAGGACAGUGAAUUUGCUCUUGCUAAUUUGGCUGUUCAAAUUAAAAGCAGAGACACUACUGAGGAAGAAAUAAUCAUGGACCGAACGUUUAGAGAAGGGCAAGGAAUGGCUACAAUUUCCCAUGUACCAUACAGCUGUGCUUGUCAGGUCAUCAUAAAGGCCAACUCUUCCUUAGUGCCCACCGAAUUGAUUAGCAGGAUCAAAAGUAAAAUACAUGGCAACCGCACGCAUGGAAACUUCACACAAGAUCAAUUGACGUUAUUAGUAAAGUCUGAACACGUUACAGUGAAAAUACUAGAGCCGGGAAAGUGCAAAGCCGAAGAAACAGCCUCUAAAUACAAAGGGACAUAUAAGUGGCUCUUAACCAACCCUACCGAGACAGCCCAAACUAGAUGCAUAAAGAAUGAGGCUGGAAACGCCACUAGAGUCUGCUCAAUCAGUAUCAACACCGGCAAAUCUCACUGGGAAAAACCAAAGUUUAAGCAAUGCAAAUUGCUUCAAGAGCUUCCUAAUAAGAUUGUGGAUCUUGCUAAUAUUACAAUAAGUGACGAGAAUGCAAAUGAUGUUGCAGAGCACAUUUUUAAUUUAAUAAAUGAAUCCCCUCUUCUGGAUGAAGAAGAAACAAAGACUAUUGUUUCUAAAGUAUCUGAUAUUUCACAAUGUGAUGAGAUAAGUAUGAACCUAACCCAGACUAUAUUACAAAUAAUCGAUGCUGCUUUGGGAAAGCAAAACAAUUCAUUAUCUGAUCUACAUGAAGUAAGCAAUGAAAUUCUGAGGAUAAUCGAGCGUGCUGGUCACAAGAUGGAGUUUUCUGGAAGGACAGCAAAUCUGACGGUGGCCAGGCUGGCUUUGGCUGUCCUGCGGGUGGACCACACAUUUGAAGGCAUGGCCUUCAGCAUUCGCUCCUUUGAAGAAGGCACAGACCCUGAGAUUUACCUAGGUGAGGUCCCUCUGGGGAGGGUUUUGGCCUCCAUAUAUUUACCUAAAUCACUGAGGGAGAGAAUUCCUCUUAGCAACUUACAUACCAUCUUGUUUAAUUUUUUUGGCCAAACUUCACUCUUUAAGACCAAAAACGUUGCAAAAGCAUUAACCACGUAUGUUGUGAGUGCCAGCAUUUCAGAUACAUCCAUUCAGAACUUGGCAGACCCAGUGGUUAUUACUCUGCAGCAUAUCGAAGGAAAACGGAAUUACGAUCAAGUUCAGUGUGCCUUUUGGGACUUUGGGAACAACAAUGAGCAAGGUGGAUGGAAUUCGUCAGGCUGUAAAGUAAAGGAAACAAACGCAAACUACACGAUCUGUCAGUGUGACCACCUCACCCAUUUCGGAGUCUUAAUGGAUUUAUCCAGGUCUGCAGUGGAUGCAGUGAAUGAACGGAUAUUAGUGCUUCUAACAUACACUGGAUGUGGAAUCUCCUCCAUCUUCCUGGGAGUUGCAAUGGUGACAUACAUAGCUUUUCACAAACUGCGAAAAGAUCAUCCUUCCAAAAUCCUGAUCAACCUGUGCACAGCACUACUGAUGCUAAACCUGGUGUUUCUGCUCAAUUCCUGGUCAUCGUCAUUUCCACAAGCAGGACUUUGUAUCACAGCAGCUGUGGCUCUUCACUACUUCCUGCUUGUUUCUUUGACUUGGAUGGGCCUGGAGGCGGUGCACAUGUAUUUAGCUCUAGUCAAAGUCUUCAACAUAUACUUUCCCAAUUACAUCCUUAAACUUUGUCUGGCGGGUUGGGGAAUCCCAGCGAUCGUGGUGGCGAUCAUACUCAGUGUGAAAAAAGAUCUGUAUGGGACUCUGAGCUCAACGACUCCAUUUUGUUGGAUUAAAGAUGAUCCUAUGUUUUACAUCUCAGUGGCAGCUUAUUUUUGCCUCAUAUUUCUCAUGAAUCUCUCCAUGUUUUGCACUGUUCUUGUCCAACUGAAUUCCAUGAAAACCCAAGGCCAAAAGACUCGCCGGAGGAUGAUCCUGCAAGACCUCAAAGGCACAACCAGCCUGACGUUCUUGCUUGGCCUCACCUGGGGCUUUGCCUUUUUUGCCUGGGGACCUGUGAGGAUCCUUUUCUUGUAUCUUUUCGCCAUUUUGAAUACUUUGCAAGGAUUCCUCAUUUUUGUGUUCCACUGCGUGAUGAAGGAGCGGGUCCGCGAGCAGUGGCAACUGCAUUUUUGUUGCGGGUGGUUGCGGCUGGAUAACUCUUCUGAUGGUAGCAGCAGGUGUGGGUUCCAUGUUGGGCGGAAACAGGAAAGACUGAAGAAAACCUUUGAGCGCACCUUGUUGCCACCAUCCCUCAAGUCAUCUGCAAUUAGUUCCAUUUUCAAAUCUUCAGGCUCUGUGCAAGGCACUCCUUCAGAAAUAAGCUCCCCAAAUGAUAACUUUGAUGAAGAUCCCAACUGCUUCUCUCCCGUGAGUUGCGAAGCUGUACCUAAUUGUGUGAGAAGACUAUUACCUGUGGAAAUCAAAAUGAAUUCCAUUGACAAACAAAGAUUUCUUCACUAAAUCCUGGCAGAGAUACCCACCUCCCCCUACCCUCAGAUUGGGGAAAAUGUUGAAUUUGUGAAGCCAUCUGCUCCAACUUUGUAUUCUAAAUAUUGUUUUGGAAGAGGCAGAAUGAGAUAGCAUUUAGUGAAUAUUAAAGUCAGAAUAAUUCUACUAUUCAUUGUAAUGUUUGCUUCUUACUGUCUUUGUAGGUAAGAUUUGAGCCUAUAGUUAGGAUAUAUUAGAGGAGAGCUAUUUACAGCUUUGGAGAUUUUGUUUCAAAACCUCCAAGUGUUCACAUCCUGAAAGAAAAAAAGAUCAAGAUCAGGGUUAUUACUGCCCUGAGAGUCAAACAAUUUCAGGUGGCCAAAGUUUCCAGGCACCCAGGUGGCCGGACACCCAGAGCAGAAGCAGACAGGAAGAGCCACAAGGUCAUAUCUCUUGGGGGGAAAAUAUGCUGGCCUAUUGGCCUGUCAUGACGAAGCACUUGAAAUCCCUAUUAUUCAAGUCACUCUUUUGAUUGAAGCCCCUUGUUAAAACGUCAACAUAUUUUGUGAAAAAGGUGGCUCAUUAAUCUACAGACACCCAUAAAUUCUUUAGUGGGGUUGAAGUUCUCAGCCAAGACUGUGCCUGAAGGCACAGCAGGCUGGGUCCCGAGUUAGGGAACAGAACAGGACCUGUCUGAAGCUGGCAGGAAAGGACAGGUCAGGGUGAGCAGGACAGUAGGGGGAUGGAAGAGAGAAGAGUCACCCAAAGGGAACAGAGUAACCCCUGAAGAUGAAUUUUCCCUGCCUUAGGCUCUGUGGCUAAGCACGAUGGGUGGCCAUCUUCAUCCCAUCCCAAAUGUCACCAUAGCUUCCCAGCCAGGCAGGCUGUUCAUAUUUGGCCUUAGGUAGAAAUGAGUAAAGAGAUGAACAUUCUGGAAGGAUACACAAGCAGCUAGUAUCAG